AUGGCUUCAUCACUUCUUCUUCUCCCUUCCCCUCCACGACCACCAUCACCAUCAACACUCUCCGCCGCCUACCGCGCCCCUCUGACAUCCGUCUUGCUCAAACUCAAACAAGCGCCUACCCCUCAAGUUCUCAUAGUCGGCCUCGCCCUACCUCUUCUUGCGGGCCCAUCGCUUAACAAUAAAGCGAUUGCGUGGUCAGCCGCCCAAUCUUUGCUUGCAGGUCUAUACACCCUCACAUCCGUCGUCUGCGCCAAGGAAGGUAUCCCUGUUGAUAUCGGCGCUGGAAAGGGAAGCGUAGAUGUUCGAAUCAUACUCAUCGACCAUGAGAAGGGCCGACGGUAUGAGCCUAACUUCGACGGUGGGUUUGAAGCGAAUUGCACGCCUGUGUUGGAUUUGGCAGCGUUUGCGACAAAAGUAAGACCGUGGGAGAUCGUGUAUCAUCCUAGCUGUGAAGAAGGAUAUGAGUUACUAGCCUCGUUUCUCAAACUUGCAGAGAAGAAACAGACGUUCACACAAAGUCAAUUAGUGGCUGUCGAAGGCGGUAUUAGCUUGACUGUAGAGCCAGGUCUACCCUCCGAUGAGCAGCAACGGGGAUUCAACACAGUUUGCCUAGGAGGAACCUUUGAUCAUCUCCACCCAGGACAUAAGCUGCUCCUGCAUACAAGCGUUCUUCUUCUCAACAUUCCACGAAAGGAUUCUGAUAAAACAUGCACGCUUGUUGUAGGCAUAUCCAGUGACGAGCUUCUUGCAAAGAAGAAGUUUGCAGAGGAGCUCCAAUCCUGGGACGAUCGUGCCAAGGCCGUUCUCUCAUUCCUCUCAACACUUCUGGAGUACGACACCACCACUACCUCACCACCUACGCAAUCUACGCCUGAUGAAACGAUCGCCACUCUUCGCGAUGGAAAGGUCAAGGUUCGGUGUAUCGUUCUUCGCGAUCCGUUUGGCCCACCGAUUCAUGAGGAAGACGCCGAUGUUAUUGUGGUUUCUGGCGAGACGCGUGGUGGCGGCAAGGCGAUCAACGAUCGCAGGGCAGAGAAGGGGUGGAAACCGCUAGAGGUGUUUGAGAUCGAUGUGCUGGAUGCUGAUGAGGUUGUAGAUGGAGAAGUGAGCAAGACGGAUGAUUUUGCGGCUAAGAUUAGUAGUACGGCUAUCAGACAGCAAAGAGCUGAGGCGAAGAUACAAGGAAAGGCGGAUUGA